CCGCAAGAAGUAAAUGCGUAAGCUCUAAUGUGACGGAUUUGUUGAACUCCAUAAGUGAGAGAAGCGAAGCAAUUGAAAAGGGCGUCGCUGAGAAUGAGACCCUCCGUAAAAAUGAACAAAAUGAACAGGUGACGGUCGACCAUACAGUGGCCCAAGGUUUGCGCGAUCGUCUUGGGGAAGUGAACAAAGAGAUGUUAGCAAUGGUGGAAGAAAAUUAUCUGAAUCCAAAUCAAACAGGAAGAACACCUCAGAAGUCGCACUAUCCGGUUCCUAGAGACUCAGAAAUACCUCAUGUCCCGAAAAAGGAGAAAAUUCUAGCGUCAAAAGGUUUGGAUGUUCAGACUCCAUGUAAACAAUCGUUCCGUACUCGUGAGUCUUUGCUGGAGGUUCAGAACAUCUGUCUAUCGCCAGAUACCCUAGCUUCUGCUCGGAAAAUUCGCUUAGAAGACAUAGGAGAGGAAUCCGUCAGCGUCUCCACUCGAGCAAGCAGUGAAGCCUCAAAAGUUGAUCAAGAGAAUUAA